GUUGAUGCGAUCGACGAAACAUGCCGCCGGUGGCAUUUCUGCACUCGUGGCAUGACCAUCAGAUCUUACGACACCAUGACGACCAAAACCCCCCUCGCCUCUGAGUUCGAAUCCGUCCCCGCUACCGUUGCCCCUUCCACGAAGGAGAGCAUCCAAGCGUCGCUGGGGACGCUCCGCGCGUCGUUCCGCCAAGGGAAACUGCGCGCCGUCGAAUCCCGCAAGCGCAUCUUGCGGCAGAUCCGCACGCUUGUCACCGAAGGCACUCCGUUGUUGGAAGCUGCUGUCAUGAAGGAUCUGCACAAGCACCCCACGGAGCUGCACAUGAUGGAGCUGUCCGGCGUGUUCCAAGAAAUCCAAGAGUUCCUCGACUACCUGGACGACUGGGCCGCCCCGGAGAAGGUCCCGACCAACCUGAUCAACUUCCCCGGCUCGUCGUCCAUCGUCAGCGACCCCCUUGGCGUUUGCUGCAUCAUCGGCACGUGGAACUACCCCGUGAGUCUGCUGCUCACGCCGCUCGUGGGGUGCAUCGGUGCCGGCAACACCGCCCUCCUUCGCCUGCCGGCCGACGGCACCUCCGACCACACCGCCGCGGCCCUCGCAUAUCUCCUGGACAAGUACAUCGACCAAGACGUCGUGCGCUACGUCGCCGGUGGCAUCGACGCCAACAUUGCCCUUCUCGCGGAAAAAUUCGACCUCAUCUUUUGCACGGGCGGCACCACCAUCGGCACGAUUGUAGCGCGCGCUGCCGCCGAGACUCUCACCCCCAUCGUGUUGGAGCUGGGUGGGAAAAGUCCGUGCAUUGUCGACGCCAAGGUGGAUAUCCAAGUGGCGGCGACACGGGUCGCGUGGGGCGCGUUUGCCAACUGCGGCCAAACGUGCAUCCGACCCGACUAUGUGUUUGUGCAUACAUCGGUGGCGGACCAGUUUGUGUCGGCAGUCGUGGCCAACGUCCAGUCGUUCUUUGGAUCGUCGCCGGAAACGUCCGACUCGUACGGACGGCUGGUGAAUGCGGCGCAAUAUGCGCGGCUAGCGGCCGUCGUGGAAGCCGACAAGGCGUUCGUGGCAUGCGGCGGGAGUGGCGACGCUUCGGCGCGGUACCUGGCGCCAACUGUGCUCCACUUUGGCCAUGACGUGGCAUCGUUUGAGGCCAGCGCGGCACUGACCCGCGGCGAGCUGUUUGGCCCGGUGCUUCCCAUCGUCGCGUACACCGACUUGAACGCGGUGAUUGGCUUCAUCAACGCCCGCCCGAAACCUCUGGCGCUGUAUGUCUUCUCCAACAACGACAGAGACGUGGUUGCGCCGGUGCUGGGGCAGACGUCGUCCGGCAGCGUGUGUGUGAACGACACGAUGAUCCAGAUCACCAAUAGCCACCUCCCGUUUGGCGGCGUCGGCCCCUCGGGCACGGGCGCGUACCACGGCAAACAUUCGUUUCUGACGUUUAGCCACCACAAGGCCGUGGUGCGCAAAACCACCAGGUUCGACCUGCCCCAGCGGUACAUGCCAUACACAAGUGCCAGCGCUCGCAUCAUGAAAGCCGCGGGCACGCCCAUCACGCGCACCCAGACGCGGCUGCUUGUGGCCACCGCCGUCGGUGCCGUGGCGGCGAUCAUCGCUGCGAUCGUGUGGGCGGCGGCCGUGUCGGACUAGUAGGACUACUAACUAGUACUAGUAGCUAGCAAUGAAAACGGUUAGUUUGCAAUACAUACAUUGGUGGUAUACAGUACA